CUCCACUGGGCAGGGAAGGGAGGGCAUGCAGAAGCAGCGAAGCUACUGAUCGAAGCAGGAUCGGACGUGAAGGCCAAGAACAUGAAGGGGAACAGCCCCCUGCAUGAGGCCUGCCAGCAUGGCGGAGCAGACAUAGUGAAGGUGCUCAUCGACGGUGGGUGUGAAGUUGACGGUCAGUCUGACGAUGGCGAGACGCCGCUGCACAAUGCCGCCUACCUUGGCUUCACCGACGCCACGAAAAUCCUCCUG